AAGCUCCUGAACUCCAGAGGUGCUUUUUGAAAACUAGCUCACUCGGUUGGAGUUUCUUCGUUCUUGGAGCUUAAAGAUUGUCACCCACUAGACUUAGGAAGAAAGGACAACGCAGCUUUCCUUGACUGCCUUCUCACACAGACUGCUACCAGCCUUUGCAAGGGACCAUGCUCAGCAGCCUCGAUUUGGAAAUGCCUACUGUUGCAAAGAUGACCUCAUAAAUACCAUCAAGCAGAAGUCAGGGGAAAAGCCAGAGAUUGGAAGCUGUCUAGGAGAUGUCGAAAAUCUGUCUUCGAAAGGAAUAGCAGCAACAGAAAAAGAAAAAAAAAUUCUCAGUGGCAUCAUAUUGGGAUCGAGAGCUCCUCAGGAAACUCCUUUGACUCAGUGAAUUGUGGAACCGUGGCCAAAGACAGCAGGAGGUUUUGAUUUGAUUUUAUUUUUUGGACAGAAAUGCCACAGGUCACCUUAGCAAGGUGAUUUUUUUUAUUAUUAUUAUUUUCUAUUUCCUGAGAAGCUUUCCUAGGAGUGGUGUUUAGAAACUCCACUUGAAGAAAGAGGACAUGUUGGAUUCGGUCAAAUGCGUUCUGGUAGGUGAUGCUGCCGUGGGGAAGACAGCCUUGCUGCUCCGCUUUAUCUCGGAGACUUUUCCGGAUGCUUACAGGCCAACCGUUUAUGAAAACACCGGGGUGGAUGUCUACCUGGAUGGCAUCCAGAUCAGCUUAGGCCUUUGGGAUACCGCUGGCAGCGAUUCCUUCAAGAGCAUCCGCCCUCUGUCCUAUCAACAGGCCGACGUGGUGUUGAUGUGCUAUUCGGUGGCCAAUCACAGUUCCUUUCUCAGCUUAAGGAACAAGUGGGUGACGGAGAUUAGGACCCACCUGCCCCGAAUCCCGAUUUUGGUGGUGGCUACCCAGAUCGACCAAAGGGACACAGGUCCUCACAGCACCACCUGCAUCAGCCCAGUGCAUGGAAAGCAACUGGCGAAGGACAUCCGUGCGAAGGGUUACUUGGAGUGCUCCUCCCUGGCCAAUCGGGGAGUUCAAAAGGUAUUCGAAUGUGCCGUCCGGACAGCAGUGAACCAAGCCAAAAAACGCUCAAGAAGGAACUUUUUUUCAGUGAAUGAAUGCAAAGUUUUUUGAAACCGGCGUUGUUUUCUGCCUUCGCCUCACCGAAUGGUGUCGUAGCGGAGUAAAAUGCGAGCCUCUCCUCUUCUGUUGGCAUUAGGAUGGGCUGUUCAACAUCGGCAUCUGGAACUUUCAAAGCGAAGGGAAGCAAGGCUGCGACGGGAUUUCCAGCGGCUGCGACGGGAUUUCCAGCGGCAGACAUUUGGAGAGUAUGCGUAGCAAGCCAGAGCCUCAUUUCUUAUAGGAUGGAAAUGUUAAGUUUGUUUACUACUACAAGUUCUGUUGGAUGCAUAAAAGGGGUUGCUUUCUACGCCUGAGAUAAUGGAUGGAUAAUUUAUAUAGUAGACUUAAUAGAAGCUUGGGAGCUGAACAAGUCCGGAAUAUGUGAAAUAAACGAAAGUCAAUUAAAUGUCUUUUCCUCUAAUAUAUUGUAGAGAUUUUUGUCUAUUAACAAUUUUGAAUAUUCUGUUACUGAUAUGAAUCUUUUCCACCUUUGUACGUCAAGAGAUCAGAUUUCCUGGUGGGGGGAAAAAAAAGAGAUCCUACCAGUUAAUUUUAACUUAGUUUAAUUUAUAGCAUUCUUCCAGAAUGAGAUAUUUUCCUGAUCGUUGUACUUUCAAGAAAAU